UUAGAAAAAUAAUAAUAAUACAUACCCGUCUCUCACUUUCUCAUUCUUCAGUUUGAGCUUUGAAAAUCCUUAAACUCUAAUCUACUUACCAAGCUACCAUGGAAGCUCUCAGAGCUUCACCUUUUUCUCCAUCUCAGUUCACAAUAUUCUCACCAAGCCUUCCCAAACCCCAAAUUGAGAGACCCAUUUUGAAUCUUCCCCUCAGUAAAAAACCCAAUUCGUUUCUCUCAUCAAAUCCCAAAGUGGAAUCGAAAUUCAAGCUUUUCACCAUCAUUUCUCCUACAGUUUCAACUGAAUUUGCAGACCCACCUGAAGAAGAAAUCAGGAUCAGCAACCAGGAUGAGAAAUUCGAUUGGUUUUCGCAGUGGUAUCCGGUAAUGCCGGUUUGUGAUCUGGACAAGAGGGUACCGCAUGGGAAAAAAGUGAUGGGUCUUGAUGUUGUGGUGUGGUGGGACAGGAACGAGAAUGCAUGGAAGGUGUUUGAUGAUGCGUGUCCUCACAGGUUGGCUCCACUCUCUGAAGGGAGGAUUGAUCAGUGGGGCAGAUUGCAGUGUGUGUACCAUGGUUGGUGUUUUGGUGGCUCUGGUGACUGCAAAUUCAUUCCUCAGGCACCCCCAGACGGUCCACCGGUUCACACGUUCAAGAAAGCAUGUGCAGCUGUAUAUCCUAGUACUGUGCAAAAUAACAUUGUUUGGUUUUGGCCAAACACUGAUCCUCAAUAUAAAGAUAUCCUUAUGAAGAAAAAACCCCCCUACUUCCCAGAAUUGGAUGAUCCAUCAUUUACCAAUACAAUGGGAAACAGAGACAUACCAUACGGGUACGAGGUUCUCAUUGAAAAUCUUAUGGACCCUGCUCAUGUUCCAUAUGCACAUUAUGGAAUAAUGCAAGUUCGACAACCCAAAAACAAAGCCGAUAGAGAAGGGGGCAGACCACUUGAAAUGAGUGUACAGAAACUGGACAAAAAUGGCUUUAUUGGGAAGCAGGAGAUAGGCGAUAACAUAUUUAUUGCACCUUGUAUUUUUGAAGUUUCUGCCACUCUUGUGAAGGAUCAAGGAAACAGAUCUAGUUCAUCAUCUGGAACCAAAGAGGAACCAUCAUCACAUGGGAAGCUGCAGAAAUUUCUUCUAAUUUUUAUCUGUAUACCGGUUAGUCCGGGUAACAGCAGAUUGAUAUGGUGUUUUCCAAGAAACGUUGGGGUUUGGAUUGAUCAAGUUGUUCCACGUUGGAUGUUCCAUGUGGGACAAAAUUUGAUUCUAGAUUCGGAUUUAUAUCUUCUUCAUGUUGAGGAACAUAAGAUUAUGAACAUUGGCCCCUCCAAUUGGCAGAAAACUUGUUUCUUGCCAACAAAGUCAGAUGCCCUUGUGGUUGGUUUCAGAAAGUGGUUAAACAAAUAUGCUGGCGGUCAAGUUGAUUGGCGAUCCAAGUUCACUGGAGCCCUUCCUCCAUCUCCUCCUAGAGAACAGCUCAUGGACAGGUACUGGUCCCAUGUGGUGAAUUGCCGCAGUUGCAAUGCAGCAAUGAAAGGCCUCAAUGUGCUGGAGGUCGUACUGCAGGUAAUCUCUAUUGCUUCAAUCGGGAUUGUGGCUGCAGCCAAGCAGGGCAUGCUGUCAGCUGCUGCAAGGAACACUCUGGUCUCCAUGGCAGUGUUAUGCUUUGUUGCUUCUAAGUGGUUGUCGCGUUUCAUCUACAAGAAUUUCCAUUUCCACGACUACAACCAUGCCUUUCGCUGAAACUCAUUUUCUACAUUUUUUAAUGGAAUCACCUUAUCUACUGUAAAUAUUACAACAUUGUCUCUGUAUAUGUAUGUAAUAAGUUGAGGUCAAUACAUAAUUGAAUAUUUGUAUAAAAAACAUCCUGAGGAAAUAAAAGAACAAUCUAUAAGUUCUGGUUUUUAAGUUAA